GUGACUUAUUCACCUCUUGUUUUCGCUGCAGCUCAGCCUCCUUGUCAUUACGCUGUCAUCUUUGAUUUUGAGGAUAAAAAUCAAUUAAACUGCUUUAAAACCAUCCCAGACGCAAACGCGAAUGUAUCACUGUCCGUCAACCCAUUGACCGUCAAGCAUUUAAAGAACUCACUAAAAUGGAAUACCUCCGGUCCAUCCACGCUCCAACUGAAGCAUCCGAAAUUUACUAAAAUUCCACAUCAGUGGCUGAAACGAGGAGGUGUAAAAGUUUGGUUCUACAAGGAAGCGCCUACUGAAAACAAAACAAUGGACAUAGAAUUUAAACAAUCCCAAAACCUUCUCGGAAAGUUCCAAGUGAAUCUUGACUUUCAAGGAUGGAGAGGAAUUUGGGUCAAAUUCUCAGAAUGUAAAGUGAAAGGUAAGUCACUGAGCAAAAGGUCGGUUGAAAUCGAUGAAGUAACUUUUUUUCUAAAUGACGCUGACACCAUUUAUAUGGAUUUACUUGGAUUCGAGGGAAGUUUUGGUAAGCAGUCACGGGACAAAGUAGUUCCUCCGAUCGGUGGUGUAGACCUUUAUGACGCUAGCAAUACCUGGCAACGUACAUACCACUGGAGUCAGCAACGAUGUCCUGCAUUGCCCCUGGAAAUUGACGAUAAAAAGGUAAAGAGCUUAGAGCUUAUCACAGCUCGAAUGAGAAAUUGGUUUUGCGACGAGAGCAAAACGUCCUCCAACUUUGUGAAAGAUUCCUUCCAUGACAAAAGAUGGAAAUCCCUCAUGAGCACUGUUAAGCGUGCGCAUAAAGAAUACGACAAAUUGAACUUCGAUGCAGACGGAAAGGUCGUAGGUCCUCCUUUGUUUUGCAGAGACUGCAGAUAUGGAGCGAAAAAGGAUAAGAGCACAAGAAAAUUUGGUUUUAUCUUUGAAAAAAUUAUGCUUCCUUUGGCUCUGGAAUACUACUUGCGAUCACGACCUAACGAAAUAGCAGAGGCUGCCAAAAAGCAUCUGGAGGAGCUGAACUCUGGAGACAAUGACAAGGAAAAUAAUGCUUAUAAUGCAAUUGCAGGGGAAGAUGAGGGAAUGAAAAAGCUUUUUAAAGACUAUUUACCAAAACCAAGGCCACUUAAACAGGAAGACGUGGAAAAAGCGAUAAAAACUCUAAACCUUGAUCGCCUUAACAAGAUAAACAAUCUUCUUGAUUUUGCAAAACAACAAGGAUUUACAGAUGGCAGUGGCUUCGGCUCGUUAGAUCAUGAAUGGAACAGAGACGGUGCCGGAUUUAUGAACACGUUGUUCCUUCUCCGAGACUCUUUGAGCAUUCCCUCAAAUAAAACGAGAUUGCUCGACCUGAUAGAAACAGCCAAAUGGUACAACGACUUUAGAGAGAUUUAUCAGUUACCAGAGUUCGAACUUAAAGGGACAACUGCUGACCGUAUGAUAACGCUCCUGCUAUACAGACUUAUUAUCGUUCUGGUGAUGCCAAGCGGCAACGAGGACGAACUCAAAGCCAAAAUUCGGGACAUGGAUGCUUUAGUUCGGUGGUCCAAUAACGCAAUGGCUGUGAAUGAAGGCCUUGGGGGAGUCAUCAAACCAGACUUUGUAGGAUUUCACCACAAAGCGUUUUAUGGAUCUGCAUACGUUCCACAAGCCUUACAUGUAGCAGCGUUGGUUCACUACCUUCUCGGAGGAACUGAAUUCGCUUUGUCAGCUUCAUCUACCGAAAACAUCAGACGAGGGCUUGAAACGCUGCGCAUAAUAGCAGUGAAGUCCUCAACGCCAAACAGUGUCAAUGGACGUUUUCCCCAUUACUACAACAAAGCCCUUAUCAAGGCUGUAUUACCGGGAUAUGCUUACAUCAGCGUUUCUCAUUCAUCCAAGGUACUAUCAGCAUUGCCAACAAGUAUAACGGUUACAAAUGGGAGUGGAGCGGAAAUGUUUUUACGCUUGUAUGACGAUCCUGACGUGAGUAGUUACUUAGCAGAUGGAGGCCCUAAAAAAGCCAAGUGCUAUCUCAACAGUUUAGGAUCCCUGGACAUCAUGGAGGCAGUAAGUAAUUUGCUUUUUUUGGUAGACAUUUUUGUUUCUCAGCAGGUCCGUGGCAAUGGGGAUAUGCUUAACGAACAAUACAGACGAUAUACACGAUUGUUGUAUAACCCAAAUGAGAACCAUCUUAUUCAGUCCCAAAAUGUAAAGUGAGUAUUUUGAUCACCAAGGGUUAAAAAUCAUCCUUUUUCAGUCCCAAAAUGUAAAAUGAAUAUUUUGAUCACCAAGGGUUAAAAAUCAAAAAUAAAAGCGAGGGAGGAGGAGAGGCGAGAGAGGGAACAGCGUUCCCGCACCUCUCUCCCUAGUCCCCCUCUACUUUUCAUCGCUUUCUUUACUUCGCACCGCUCUCCACUAUCUGAACGCUUGCAACAGGCUAACCCCAAAGCGGUAAUAAUAUGAAUAUAAACAUACGCGUAAACAAAUAAAAGCCAUUCUUAAUUUGUAUUAGGUGAAAACCGUUGCAGACGCUCAAGAUGUAUUUCCCGAGCCCUCCCCUCAAGGUCACUGGUCCAAGAACUUUGCAGCUCUGUCUAUUCACCGACGCAAAGACUGGGCUGUGACUGCAAAAGGGUUUAAUAGUUUCCUCUGGGAUUUUGAAAACUCUAAGGAUGAAAAUGUCUUCGGAAUGUUUUCCAGCCAUGGUGCUCUCCUCGUUGCAAACAGUGAAAAGAGUCUUGAGGUCCACGAUGUCGCGAAAGGAUGGGAUUGGGCCAAAGUCCCUGGUGCUACAACCAUCGCCAUAGGAACUCCCGACGUUGAUGAAUUAAAAUUGAAAAAAGCUAGGUUUUACAAUCCGCGGCCUCUGGCUGGAGGGGUGACGUUUAAAGGUACAAACAAGCUUGAAAACAGACUCUUUGCCAUGGACUUUGAACAACCAAACUACGAUUUUAAGGACUGGCGAAAGAACAUCCGUUUUAUUUUUAAGAAAUCGGUGUUCUUUUUUGAAAACUUACUUGUUUGCUUAGGGAGCAACAUUCGGGCAGCAGAAACAAAUGGAAAGUCAGUUCAAACGACGCCGUUCCAAGACAGGCUUCUAGAUGGCGUAACGUCAUCGUUUAUCACAGUCGAUGGCGUUAAAAAAUAUCAUGGCAAUAAAUUUGAUGCACUAACUCCAGGUUCUGGAAAAAGUUACACAUCUCUCACUGAUGCUAAAGGCAACUUUUACUACAUACCGGAGUCCAGUAAAUCAAUCUUGAAAGUCCACGUGAAAGAUCAACCUUCCAAGACUGAUGAUGGAGAUAAGGAUACAUCUGCACGUUACGCUACAGCAUGGAUCGAACAUGGAAAGUUCCCCUCGAGUUAUGAAUACGCUGUUUUGAUUCCUACAGAUGGGUACCACGAAAACCUAAAUAAUAUCACAACGGAUCAAAGGACAGCAGGAAAGGAAGUUUACAAAGUUUUGCAGAAAGAUGAGGUCGCCCAUAUAGUUCAGUUUCUGAAGUCUCCCGAGUCGUGGGCAGUGCGUAGUAACCCUGUUACAGGUUAUGCAAUGUUUGAAGCAUCAGCGUCACUCCCACCUGAUGGUCCAAUAGAGGCGGUGAGUGGACCAAAUUGUCUCAUCAUGGCAGAGAAAACAGCGGAUUCAAUCUACAUCAGUAUCAGCUCUCCCGACUUAAAUCUACCCACUAAAAAUGGUCCUUUGCGUGGAUCAGACGAUGUGGGACAAGAGGAGCUGUACCAUACAUCAAGUGCUGAGAGACAACUAGAGGUGACCCUGAGAAGAGAGGUCCAGCAGAGCAUUGUGUAUGUCCAAACCCACGGAAAUCCAAAGUGCUACAAAGCCAAUGUCUGGGUUUUAUCUGAUGGUAAAACAGUUCGCUUCUUAAAUCUCAAAAAUGGUUUUAGUGUUGAGGUAAAAUUGAUGUUGAAGUAA